AUGGUACUAAUGUUAGAGGCAGGAGGUGAACAAUCACAAGUCCGAGAGAAUGGAGUCGCUGAGGGACCUGCAUUUACUGAAAAGGGGUUCAGGUCCAGCAGAGAGUCCAUGGAUACACCUGUCAUGUCCAUCACCAGGGUGGACGAAGAAGGUAAUGAGUGUGAAAUAUCUGAAGCGGACGAUCAAGAGCCGUACGAAGUGGAUUACACUCGCAAUUAUUGGGAAGAUGAGGACGACAUCUACCAGGAGUUUGAGGAGCUGGACUUUGAGUCACUGCCAGAUCAUUCGGACACAAGGAGCGUGGCCUCAGAUGACUCUUUCUAUCCCCCAGAUAAUUCAGUCAUCUGUGAUGUGUACCACUCACCGAGCCCUGAGUCUGUCUCCCUGUUUAAGGCCUGCAGCAACAACAACGCCAUCAUCGUCAAGAUUAUGAUCAGACAAGGAGUAACUGAGGAAGAAGUGAGGGAAACAGACAGGAACAGAAGAUCUGGUCUGAUGGUGGCGUGUUACCAUGGUUAUGUGGACGUGGUCAUUGCCCUAUCUCAGUGUCCAUAUUUGGACGUGAAUUGGCAGGAUAAGGAAGGCAACACUGCUCUCAUCACUGCUGCACAAGCAGGUCACUUAUUCAUCUCCAAUUACCUGCUGAGCUACUUCCCUGGGCUGGACAUUGAGAGAAGAAACUGUCAUGGCUUCACCGCUUUGAUGAAGGCUGCCAUGCAGGGCAGAUCUGAGUGUGUCAGAGCUCUGAUGUUAGCAGGAGGUGAUGUACGUGCUCGGGACCACAGCCGCAGUCUAACUCCCAGGGAGUGGGCUCUCUUCACCGGUCGCUAUGAGACAGCCAGUCUAAUGGAUCGGCUGAUGAUGCGGCCUUGUGCUGAGCAGUUCUGUGACUCAUUUUCUCUAGAGUGGGCCAUGUUGGAGGAACUGGUGGAACAGGCUCAGACACCAAAGACCUGUGGGAGGCGAAUGAUCGACUUCCUUUCCUGUUGCCCCUAUAGAUUUUACAUAAACAACAAAGUGAACCCAGUGGACGAUGGUGUGUUCGACUUCAUGGUCCAAGUUACCACUGGUAUCUGCAGUCCUUUCAUUGCUACGACAUGUAAAACAGUGUGUCCCGGCAGCCCGCCGUGCAUUGGGAAGCGGCGUUACGCAGUACAAGAACUACUGAGGAGACAACGUUUGGCCGAGCUGAAGACUCUGGGCCCAGAGAGGCUCAACAACUACAAGAGAUUUUUCCAGAACUCGCGGGUUCUCCUCAUUGCCAAGGAAAGGGAUCGUAGGGCCAGCCUUCAGCCUCAGCUCCUCAAUGAUGUGGCCAUGGCUUCAGCAAUGAUGAUGAGACGAGCCAGUCUGCUGCCACUCAGUAUGCUGCGAAGGAGCAGUGUGCGUCCAGGCAUCGUAGUUCCCAAAGUAAGACUGUGUAAGGCCCCAGCUCAGAGUUUCAAACUGGAAAAAAUAAAACGCAGCCACAACCAAAACCAGCUCCAGGUACCCAAGUGGGAUUACAAGAUGAAGAAAAUACAGAGAAGACAGGAGGAGGAAAACCAGAGACGACUGCCUUUGACAAAGAGGAGGUGAGGGACGAUGACGGGGACAACAAAGGAGGACAUGUCCUCUAAGGCCUCCAGUGUUGCAGUGGUGAAUAAAUAAAACACUAAUAUUCAUCUUUGACUCCUUCAGUCUCUGACAUUGGUGAAUUAUUUGCCUUUUGUCUAUGUUUUCCUGCUCAACAUGUUUUCCAUACAUUAGUUAGGAGACUAGGAUUGUAAUCGGAGGAUUACCAGCCCUGGGAGGACCGGUGAUGUAUGAAGCC